AUGAAACAUUUUUUGAGCCACCUCACUUUAUCUUCACGUGUAGACAAUCAUUCAAACCCAGAGAAAAUGGUCAAAGUUGUUUUCAAGCAAUUGGAGACAAUGACUUCUCGCAAAAUUGAUACAGUUCUUUUUGACAGUGAUAUUGACAACGCAGCAAAAAAUUGUAACUUUUGCGAAACCAUUGUUGGCAGGAGUAAUUUACUGUUUGUCGUAAUUACAACAGAGCACUUAAUUUUCGGUGGCUAUAAAGAUUUGAAAGUGGAAAAGAAUGAAGCUUGGUUGACAGACCCAAACGCCUUUUUGUUCAAAGUUAUUGAGGGACCAAACCCUAAAACAACGCAAGUAGAGAAGUACCCAAUCAACCCCCUCAAAGCAACAAAAGCGUUUUACUUAUAUGAAAAUGACUAUGACGUCAUGUUUUCUUUUGGGUUUGGACUUGAUUUAUGUAUUUGUAAGACGAACUCGGGAAUAAGGUACCAUACAAGGUGUAAACAAGACACUUAUGUUUGCCCAGCAGAAAAUACGAUGUGUGGAAAGGAAAAGUUUGAAUGGGAGAGGGUGAUUGUUAUACAAAUGAUGUAA